AUGAAUCCCAACCCCACUGGCUAUCCUGCUUUCCAGCAGCAUCCUAACCCCAUGCUGUCUGCUCCGGCGGGCUAUCCCGUUCCAUCCCAGAGUCCGAAUAGUCACCAGGUCCCUUUUUAUGCGAAUCCCGCCGCCUACUCCCAGAUCAAGGCGCCACAGGGCCAUCCCAUGCAGCAGCAACCGCAACAACAUCCUUUUGGCGCUGUGCAACUCCAGACCACCGGCCCCGCUGGUGCUAUGAUGCCGGCCGGCAUCCCCCAGCAAAUCUCCGGCCGGAAUGCAGUUGCGCGGCUCCAGAGGUUUUGGCGUCGGGUGCUGUGCUGCUUUGCUCCAUCUGGUCCAUCUCAUCUAUUCUUACUACUACUUCACGCCUCGUGCGCGUUGGGAGACGAUCAACUAACUGGAAGCGCGUUGUCGUUGGCUGCCGCAGGACCCCACGCAAAUUUCCCUACGGUAUCUGCACCUUCUCCUUAUACCCCGUCGACCGUUCCAGCUACUCCCUCUCAAUCGUCCCAGCCGCGGACGGUAUCUGGGUUGCCGGCGUCGACUGCUCAAGGGACACCACCAAAUAUGGCUGCCGUCUCCACGCCGAAUAACAUGUUCGCCGGUCAGCAGAGACCGGUGCAGCAGCCGAGUCCGACGGCGGCAUCGUCUCCCCAAUCUGCGGCGGCUCAAGCGCAAGUUGCUGCGCGUGAUAGAGCUCGAGUCCACCUACUCCUCGAUAUCAACUCCGCCCUCCUCCAGGAGGUUGUGAGUUUGCAAGCGGCAGGCAAAGCAGGCCUGCCGCCGACCCAGCCGCAAAAUUCGGAGUCUCCGAAUCAGGGUUCGGAGAACGAUGCGCAGAAGGGCCAGGCGACAAAGCCUAGCCAGGAGUAUAUCGAUUGCAUGCGCCGUCUCCAGGCCAAUCUGGCCUACCUGGCCUCGAUCACCGACAAAGCAAAGAAGGCCGCUGGCGUUCUGCCGUCGGCACCGGCCAUCAUGACGCCGCCGCCGUCUUUGCCCAGUCUCAACAACAUGUACGCGCAGCUAGCUGAACUGUUCCCUGGAGCCUCAACGGCGCAGCAGCAGCAGCAGCAGCAGCAGCAGAAACACGGCUAUCGGCUCUCACAAGGUAACGGGGGUCCCAGUCCGGCUUCCAUGGCCGAAUCUGUGGUGUGAAGCGCGAUGAGAACGGAUGACUAUCGCGCUCUCAGUUGUAGGUCUGGCCUCAGGUGCGCAACCAGAGGCCUUCUGGUAUAGUGAAAGGUGCACGAAGACACUUGUUCCACGGGAGUAUCCCCGUCGGGCACUGUCAGACCAAGAUAAAAUAAAAGAGGAGAAAUCCACGAUGAAGAAAAGGUUUCAGCUUCUGUCUUUGGAGCCUUUCAAAGUCCGGGAGUGCUGCUUUUGCAGUAUCAUCCUACGCACCGGAUGCUCACGUACGGCCAGCGGGUCCGGGUUUAGCAAGAGAAGGGCGCAAAGGAUUGCGACUGCAUUUGAAGGAGAGAAAGGGGUACGCAAUAUUGUAUAACAUGGGCUACAAGGAAUUGACGGGAGCAUACGUGGGGAGUCAACGGGUCAAUCGGGAUAGACCGAUUUCAGCAUUAUAUAUGAUAUGAUAGUCAC